GAGCGUGUUGCCUGGUACAGUCUGUGUACUAAAAGCCAUGAAGUUGUCGGCAGCAAUAAUGAGUAUGCACACAAAUAAUUGUAUCAUGACUUUAAACGCCAUGUGUCUCAACGCGGUCAGUGAACAGUUGGAUGUUUUGGGGUCAACAGCGAUACUUGCGAUUGACGGCGCGACGAAGGACUUCACCAGAUCAUCCGUGCGGUGGGUCUGCAAGCAUCGGCUAGGCGUCUGCUAGCAUCGGCUAGGCGUCUGCUAUCCGAGUCUUCCGGAGAAACUUCUAAGAGAGCUUCUUCCCUAUUUGGAUGUGAUCCAGCUGGACGAGCUUCAAGCAGGCCUCAACCUCAAAGGAAUAUCCACGCUCUCUUCAUGGGUGGAACUCUCCCGGCGAUUGCAAGGCAGGGGCAAAAAGUCCCAGGUUCACACGGAGCAAGACGUGAAACAAGCAGUCAUGGAGCAGAUAUUUGCCACCGUCAUCAACGACUGGCACCUUUCUUCCACUGUUUGGAAGCAUUUAAACACCUCAACCUUGUUUUUGGCGGCAGCUAAAAGCAUCAACUCCCUGACACUGUCCUCCAAGCACAACUUUGAGGUCAACUUUGUAAGCAAAUGUCGACAGACGCCCGUUCUCAGCGUUCUAGAGAAGACGGUGACUAAACUCACAUUGUGGUUGGAGAAGACUGAGCCCAGGGAGAAGGAGGAAUUACUGAUGGGCAUCAUCCAUCGCCUGGUGCAACACGGCGUCACCAAACAUGUCAUUCUACGCACCUGUGAAGAUAGCCUCUUAUCUAAAGUGCUGUUGGCUGGAGGAUGUCUGAGCGGGGAACGCACCCGCGAUGAUGAAGAAGAGGACAAAGAAGGCCCCCCGGCAAAGAAGCACAAAUACGUUUUUUGUGAAAAAGUCCCGACUUACACCGAGUGUUCGAAAAGAGCCUUUGAACAUCUGGAACUGGUGGACUGUUCAUCCAGUCUCUACUGGAAGCUGACGGAAACACUUCCUUCGUGCUCCAACCUGACGUCUCUGACGCUGCGCAGCCACAAAGGCUUUUCAUUUCUGGACGUGAUGUUCCUCGCCCGGGCGCUGAAGGCCCGAUGCUCCCACGUGUCCCUCAGACGUCUGUCCAUCGAAACGCUGAAAUGCCCGUCGCUGCUGACCGACCUGUUGCACGCCUGCCCCCGGCUGACGGAGCUCAACGUGACAUUUGAGAGCUUCUCUGCGGACAAUCAGCCGCUGACGGGCGACACGGGUGAACUUCCGCUGAAGCGCCUGUCAGUCAAACUGACCCAGCAGCUGGCCACGCCCACCUUCCUCUUGCCCGUGCUGAGACGCUGCCCCUGCCUGGCCAGGCUUCACGUACAAGCCGUGCGCCUGCAGAGCCAGCACUCUCACAAGCAACUCCUCAGCAUGCUGUCAGAGUGCAAUGGCCGCCUGACAUGUCUCCACCUGGAGAACCUCAACAUGUCGGAUUGUCUGCACCAGAUCCUAAACGUGGUGCGAGCGUGCAAGCUGGAAGAGCUCCGCCUCCACGACUGCCGCCUCCUGGAGCAGGAGAGCAAUAAGCAGGAGUCUUUGCGGCUUCUGGUCAGCGCCCUGAAGGCGACGCCGUCCCUGCGCAAGCUCAUGUUGUCCCAGAACCGCCUUGCCCGCGACGUGCACGUGCUGGCGGAACUUUUCUCCGGACCAACGCCGAGCUCGGUGGAGCACCUGGAUGUUCGCCUCAACUCCAUCAACUCGGUGGACCUGAUGCACUUCGCCGAGGCUAUGACGGCGUGUCCCCCGCCGCGCCAUCUCACCCUCGACCUCAGGGAAAACCUGGGGGACCAUGACAAAGACGAAUGGAAUGCCGCGCUGGACAAGCUCCGCCCACUCUGUCAGACGUUGGUCAACUGCAACAUGUAACAAGGCGAGGAGUCAGCAUCAUUCAAUAAAAGCAUGUUGUCUCUUGCUCAGAUAACAACUGAACACACAUCUUCCUCACUCCUCAUCUUCUUCAUCGUAGCUCGGAGUAAGUAGGGAUGAUGUUUGAUAAGGAAUUAUCGAGUUCGAGCCCAUUAUCGAAUCCUCUUAUCGAACCGAUUCCUUAUCGAUUCUCUUAUGGAGUCCAGAUAGGUUGUUGUAUAUGGAAAAAAACACACAAUAUUUGGUUUAACAAAAGCUCACCUUUAUUAUAUAAGAAAAAAAUAAAAUCUAAUAAAUAAACAAAUAUUGACUGUUACCCACCUAAAAAAAUAAAAUAAAUAAAUAUUGACUGUUGUUACCCAAAGUAUAUUAAGUGGGAUUUUUCAGAAAAACAAAUAUAUAAGGUAACACAAAAACAAGCUGUCUCUGUGAUCACUAUAGGUGUAUAAAUAAUAAUAUAGUGUUAAAUAAAAUCAGUCCCUUGGGCACAAAACUGAAAAUAAUACAGCUCUCCAAAAAGUGCACUUCUGCUGCUAUUGGAACAUAACUGUUUGUUAUGAUGCUUUGACAUUUUUGCAUUUUAUUUCUUUAUUGAAAGAACAUUCUAUGAAGGGAAAAGUUGUUUGCAAAUGUGGUUACAAUGCAAAAAAAAUGAAAAGUUAAAGCUAAAAAAAGAAAUACACUUUAUUGAGUUAACAAUUAUUUCUUUAGAGGGGGGAAGAUGUGAUGUCAUGCGCUAGGGAAUAUAACAACUACACUACCCAGCAUGCAACGGGAGUGACGGUAGUGUCGUCACCCGGCAGCUAAGAAUGAGGUUAUGAGCACGCUGUGAAAGUAAAUGUCAAGAACUCAGCCAACACGCCUCGUCUGCAUUAUUUAUAAUUAGACAGACAACACAUAUACAGUGUGAUUUUGUAACGUUUACAAGGAAAGAAAAACAAAAGCUGCGGUUGCUUUAAGAACGUUGUGACAGCUGCCGUAAAGGAGGUGCGUUGCUAGCCUGGUUGCUAUGUUUCCGGUUGGUGGUAAAAGUGUUGGUCAUGUGUUUGUACCCUGCUCAAA